CUCUCCGCCGCUCACGGUUCCGUUAAAAUGUCUAAGAUCGAGAUGUUGAGGCUGCUGAUCAACCAGCGGCUCACCGAGGCCGCGGAGGAGAUCUUCGGGGUGUUCGGGAGGACCAUAGCCGAGUACGAGGACGAGAUCUCCCGCUCCAGGCUGGAGAUCGACCGCCAGCGCCGGCUGCUGGACCUCUCCAGGAAGCCGCAGAUAUCCGUGGAGUUCACCGGUACAGAUCUCUCGGAGCAGCAGGACUGGACCUCCAGUCUGGACCUGGACGAGAUGAAACCUCCUCACAUCAAAGACGAGGAGGUGGACCAGGAGUACGAGGGGGAGGCGGUGGAGCGGGACGACGGGAAGUUCUUGUUAUUCCAGAACACCGUUGAAGGAGACGAGGACGAUAACGACCACAUGACCUCCAACCUGUCCUGUCAGGACGCGGAGGACUGUGAGACGGACCCUCAGCAGGGCACCUCGGUCCCUCAGAGCUCCUCGGACCUCGACGAUGAGGACACCUCCGCCGAAGCUUCGGGCGCCGACCCCCCGGGUAACGGUCAGCUGGACUGUUUUGAAGUGGAGCAGCCGCUGGCGGGGGCGCUGGACUCGUACAUUUGCUCCAUCUGCGGGCAGGCGUUCCCUCAGCGAGGCCUCUGGGCCAAACACGUGCAGGUGCACCGCAAGACGGAGUCCAAGGGGGACAAGUCGUUCACCUGCGACAUCUGUGGAAAGAGACUCACCCGCUUCGACGGCUAUCAGAAACACCUGAGGAUCCACACGGGGGAGAAACCGUACGGCUGCCUCCAGUGUGGCCGAAGAUUCAGCGACAACUCCAACUACAAACGACACAUACGCACUCACAUGGUGCAGAAAAGACAACAGAGCUGAGGGGGGGG